ACUGAGGGGAACCACAGGGCCGGCGCGCCUGAGGCUGGCGGAGCAAUUCCCGAGGCGCUCAGGCUCGUCCCCCACGCUAACUCCGCCUAUUCGAUCCCCGUGGCUCCCCCUCUUCCCCCUCCCAGUCUCCCUCCCGGCUCCUGCCCGCCCCUUUCGCCCUGGCGGUAGGAAAUACUCCGGGAUCUAACUCGACGUGUCCGGAAAGCCCCGGCCGGUUUCCCUUUCGCUCUGCGUCCGCUGCUGCCAGCCCCGCGGCUCCCUCGGACCCGCGGGUGCAGCCACCGGGGCUGAGGCGCCUGGGGAGCGCAGUCGGAGCGGCGGGGUCCCCCGAGCACCAUGCUGGACCCGUCCUCCAGCGAGGAGGAAUCGGACGAGGGGCUGGAAGAGGAGAGCCGCGAUGUGCUGGUGGCGGCCGGCGGCUCGCAGCGAGCUCCGCCGGCCCCGGCGCGGGAAGGGCGGCGGGACGCGCUGGGGCGCACCGGCAGCAGCGGCGCGGCCAGACCCGUGAGCCCGAGCCCCUCGGUGCUCAGCGAGGGGCGAGACGAGCCCGAACGGCAGCUGGACGACGAGCAGGAGCGGAGGAUGCGCUUGCAGCUCUAUGUCUUCGUCGUGAGGUGCAUCGCGUACCCCUUCAACGCCAAGCAGCCCACCGACAUGGCCCGGAGGCAGCAGAAGCUUAACAAACAACAAUUGCAGUUACUGAAAGAACGUUUCCAGGCCUUCCUCAAUGGGGAAACCCAAAUUGUAGCCGAUGAAGCAUUUUGCAAUGCUGUUCGGAGUUACUAUGAGGUUUUUCUGAAGAGUGACCGAGUGGCCAGAAUGGUUCAGAGUGGAGGGUGUUCUGCUAAUGACUUCAGAGAAGUGUUUAAAAAAAACAUAGAAAAACGUGUGAGGAGUUUGCCAGAAAUAGAUGGCUUGAGCAAAGAGACAGUAUUGAGCUCAUGGAUAGCCAAAUACGAUGCCAUUUACAGGGGUGAAGAGGACUUGUGCAAACAGCCAAAUAGAAUGGCCCUGAGUGCUGUGUCCGAACUUAUUCUGAGCAAGGAACAACUCUAUGAAAUGUUUCAGCAGAUUCUGGGUAUUAAAAAACUAGAACACCAGCUUCUUUAUAAUGCAUGUCAGCUGGAUAAUGCAGAUGAACAAGCAGCCCAGAUCAGAAGGGAACUCGAUGGUCGGCUGCAGUUGGCAGAGAAAAUGGCAAAGGAAAGAAAAUUCCCACAAUUUAUAGCAAAAGAAAUGGAGAAUAUGUAUAUAGAAGAGUUGCGGUCUUCAGUGAAUUUGCUAAUGGCCAAUUUGGAAAGUCUUCCAGUUUCAAAGGGUGGUCCAGAAUUUAAAUUACAAAAAUUAAAACGUUCACAGAAUUCUGCAUUUUUGGACAUAGGAGAUGAGAAUGAGAUUCAGCUGUCAAAGUCGGACGUGGUGCUGUCAUUCACCUUAGAGAUUGUCAUAAUGGAAGUUCAAGGUUUGAAGUCAGUCGCUCCCAAUCGAAUUGUUUACUGUACAAUGGAAGUGGAAGGAGGAGAAAAACUGCAAACAGACCAGGCUGAAGCCUCAAGGCCACAAUGGGGAACACAAGGAGAUUUCACCACCACCCAUCCUCUGCCUGUGGUCAAAGUAAAACUCUUCACAGAAAGCACUGGGGUCCUGGCCCUUGAAGACAAAGAACUGGGAAAGGUGAUAUUAUACCCAACUUCUAAUAGCUCCAAGUCAGCUGAAUUACACCGAAUGAUAGUUCCAAAAAAUAGCCAGGACUCUGACUUAAAAAUCAAACUGGCAGUGCGAAUGGAUAAACCACCACAUAUGAAGCAUAGUGGGUAUCUGUAUGCCCUUGGACAGAAGGUUUGGAAAAGAUGGAAAAAACGCUACUUCGUUCUUGUUCAGGUUAGCCAGUACACCUUUGCUAUGUGCAGUUAUAGAGAAAAAAAGUCUGAACCACAAGAAUUAAUGCAGCUUGAAGGAUACACUGUGGACUAUACAGAUCCCCACCCAGGCCUUCAGGGUGGUCAUAUGUUCUUCAAUGCUGUUAAAGAAGGAGAUACUGUAAUAUUUGCCAGUGAUGAUGAACAGGACAGAGUAUUGUGGGUUCAAGCCAUGUAUAGAGCCACAGGUCAAUCAUAUAAACCAGUUCCUGCAAUUCAAACUCAGAAGCUGAAUCCUAAAGGAGGAACUCUACAGGCAGAUGCUCAGCUUUAUGCAGACCGUUUCCAGAAACAUGGUAUGGAUGAGUUUAUUUCUGCUAAUCCUUGCAAGCUUGACCACGCCUUCCUUUUUAGAAUACUCCAGAGGCAGACUUUGGAUCACAGACUGAACGAUUCCUAUUCUUGCUUGGGUUGGUUUAGCCCUGGCCAAGUCUUUGUGUUAGAUGAGUACUGUGCCCGUUACGGUGUGAGAGGCUGUCACAGGCAUCUCUGCUACCUUACGGAACUGAUGGAACAUUCAGAAAAUGGUGCUGUCAUUGACCCUACUCUGCUCCAUUACAGCUUUGCAUUCUGUGCCUCUCAUGUGCACGGCAACAGGCCUGAUGGAAUCGGAACUGUUUCAGUGGAAGAAAAAGAGAGAUUUGAGGAGAUAAAAGAGAGACUCUCUUCCCUUUUAGAAAAUCAGAUAAGCCAUUUCAGAUACUGUUUUCCCUUUGGACGACCUGAAGGUGCUCUUAAAGCUACACUUUCAUUACUUGAAAGGGUUUUAAUGAAAGAUAUUGCCACUCCCAUACCAGCAGAAGAGGUGAAGAAAGUGGUCAGAAAAUGUCUUGAGAAAGCUGCCUUGAUCAAUUACACUAGACUCACAGAAUAUGCCAAAAUAGAAGGCCCAGCAGAAAAGGAAACAGAGACCAUGAACCAAGCAACUCCUGCUAGAAAGCUGGAAGAGGUUCUUCAUCUAGCAGAGCUCUGCAUAGAAGUCUUACAGCAGAAUGAAGAGCAUCACUCAGAGGCAUUUGCCUGGUGGCCUGAUUUACUGGCUGAACAUGCAGAGAAAUUUUGGGCUUUAUUCACAGUGGAUAUGGAUACUGCACUGGAGGCUCAACCACAAGACUCUUGGGAUAGUUUUCCUCUUUUCCAACUGCUUAAUAAUUUCCUCAGAAAUGACACACUUUUGUGUAAUGGAAAAUUUCACAAACACUUGCAAGAAAUCUUUGUGCCCUUGGUUGUCCGCUACGUCGAUCUCAUGGAGUCUUCCAUCGCCCAGUCAAUUCACAGAGGUUUUGAGCAAGAGACAUGGCAACCUGUCAACAAUGGCUCAGCAACAUCAGAAGACCUUUUUUGGAAACUUGAUGCACUGCAAAUGUUUGUCUUUGAUCUACACUGGCCAGAACAAGAAUUUGCCCACCACUUAGAGCAAAGACUUAAACUAAUGGCCAGUGACAUGAUAGAGGCCUGUGUCAAAAGAACAAGAACUGCAUUUGAACUCAAGCUGCAAAAGGCGAGCAAAACAACUGACUUACGCAUUCCGGCUUCCGUGUGCACAAUGUUUAAUGUAUUAGUCGAUGCCAAAAAGCAAAGCACUAAACUCUGCGCCCUGGAUGGAGGACAAGAGUUUGGUAGUCAAUGGCAACAGUACCAUUCAAAAAUAGACGAUCUGAUCGACAACACUGUAAAAGAAAUCAUUUCACUACUGGUUUCAAAGUUUGUUUCAGUGUUGGAAGGGGUGCUGUCUAAGCUGUCCAGGUAUGAUGAAGGCACGUUCUUUUCAUCCAUUCUGUCAUUCACUGUGAAAGCAGCUGCAAAAUAUGUUGAUGUUCCAAAACCAGGAAUGGAUCUGGCAGACACUUAUAUUAUGUUUGUUCGGCAAAACCAGGAUAUUCUUCGAGAAAAGGUCAAUGAGGAAAUGUAUAUAGAAAAGUUGUUUGAUCAAUGGUACAGCAAUUCCAUGAAAGUCAUUUGCCUGUGGUUGGCUGAUAGAUUAGACCUCCAGCUUCAUAUUUACCAACUGAAGACGCUCAUCAAGAUUGUGAAGAAAACCUACAGAGACUUCCGAUUGCAGGGUGUGUUGGAAGGAACACUGAACAGCAAGACAUAUGAUACUCUGCACAGACGCUUAACAGUAGAAGAGGCCACAGCCUCUGUUUCAGAAGGAGGGGGACUUCAGGGCAUUACUAUGAAAGACAGUGAUGAAGAAGAAGAAGGCUGAUAGAUAACACACAGCUCUGGAGAAGAGAGGAGUUCCUUGACUGACAUUGUGUUUUUUGUGUUUUGUCCAUGUGAUUGAAUUUGUUGUCUUGACCAAAUAAAAAUGCUUGCAUUUCUUUAAAAAGUAAACCCAGAAGCAGAGUUAAUGAGGAAAAUGCGAAGUAUUUUUUUGAAGAAAAUCAUUCUCUUUUGUGUAGCUUGACCUGAAAAUGAACUCUGGCUCUGUCUGUGAUUAGAAUAUGAACAUUUUUUAAGAUUUGAGCUUUUUUUCUGUAAUCACAUCAAAAUAAUGUCAGGUGUGUAAAGUGAGAUAUGCUUUUCUCAUAAUACAACAUUGUGAGAAGCCACUUCUAAUCACUGCGCCAACUCUAUUGUACCCUCGUUAAAAUGGUGUGUACCUUACAGUUUAUAAUUUAUGUGAAAUGUUUGUUUUGUACUUAAUUUGCCAUUGUUGUGAUGUGUAUAAAACUUUAACCUUGGUUCUUAGUACUCUGAAUUGAUCUGCAGGUAUCUUCCUGGGCUUAAAAGAAUGCCAAACUCAAAUAUAGACUAGAUUAUCCAAUGGGUUUGUGUUUUAGUUCCAUUCUCAACAUUUCUUCUUUCAAGUAUACAAAAUCCCCAGGUAUAGGGUAGCAAGUGUGCUUCCGUCAACAUACCCUCCUACUCCUAAGUAUAAGAGCUUGCAGGCAAUAAAAAUCCAUUUGUUCACAACCACUUCUGUAUUUAUUAGACUUGUAUAGAUUAAAUGCAGUAAAAGAUGUUUGCACUAUUUCAAACAUCCCAAUUA